ACCUCUUGUUUGCUGCUUCUUCCCUUUCUCUUUCUACUCGUACAUCUCCCUCAGGCUUCGCCACAGCUGCUCAAAGGGUGUGGGUUCUCCGCCAUCUACAAUUUCGGCGAUUCCAUGUCCGACACGGGCAAUGCCCUCAUGCAAUUCGACUUCGUCGGCUCAGGGAAGCACCCAUAUGGGAUGUUUGUCGGCGACGAGAAGCCGACCGACAAGUUCUCUGACGGCUACCUCCUCAUUGACCGUAUCGGUCACGCCUACGAGCUGAUUGCAAGCAAAGUGAUUCAGUGGAUCUCCCAUUACUCUCGACUGCACCAAGGAAUGGAUGUCGUCGCAGCCCACAAAUCCACUAGCUCCAAAUCUAAUGGGGGCCUUCUUCCUGGUAGCAUCGUCCAUGAGUAGCUGUGGUUGCCAUUUGCUGUAGUGAUUGCUAUCUUCUUAUUCCUAGUUAAUGUGAUGUGAUGUGAGGACUGUGGGCUUUAUUUGACUAAGUUUUUUUUAUCAGAAUCGUAGAAGGUAUUUUUCAUUAUUAACAUGUGAGUAAUACGAGUAAUACUAUUUUAUACUACGAGUAUUGUUAUAUAAUUGGGCAAAAUCAUUUUUUUUUUAUCAGAGUCGUAGAGUUUAGGUAUUUUUCCAUAUUAGUGU